AUGGCCGUGCAGUCUAACCUGAGCAACCUGCCGUCCCUCGCGAGCAUCACCACUGGUACAUUGUUCAACCCGCUCCUCACGGGCCCUCUGCUGCUGUAUGUCCUGCGCCACCCGUCGGUCCUGGAGAAACUCCCCUGGCCACCGACCAAGUAUUACAACCUACCGUUCGACCUGCCUUUUCCUUUCCCGAGCAGCAUCCGCGUCGGAGCCACGCCCCCGCUCAAGACGCUCAAAUUCCUCUUCACGUGGGGCCUGAUCUUGUCCGUGAAUCGCCUCUUGAACCGACUGGCCUUGAAUUAUGGCCAUCUCAAGAAACAAGGGGAGCCAUGGGAGUUUCAGACCGAGGGCAAGGAGACGGUGCUGAUCACGGGCGGCUGUUCCGGGUUCGGCAAGGAAAUGGCCAAAAUGUUCGCCGAGCAGACCAAGGCCAAGAUCGUCGUGUUGGAUGUCCAGGCCCUGCCGGACGACCUGAAGGACGUGCCACGCCUCUCAUACUACAAAGUCGACUUGACAUCCCCGCCGUCCAUCCACGAGACGAUCAAACAGGUGCUCGAGACGUCGUCGGUGCCGACGGUGCUGAUCAACAACGCGGGCAUCGCGCAGGCGCACACGAUCCUCUCGACCAGCGACGAGUUUGUGGAGAAGAUCUUCCGCGUCAACGUGCUCAGCCACUUCACGCUCCUCCGCCUGCUGCUCCCGCGCAUGAUGGCCCAGCGCAAGGGCCACGUCGUGACAAUCGCCAGCAUGGCCUCGUACACGGGCUGUCCGAGCCUGGGCGACUACUGCGCCACCAAGCACGCCGUGCUCGGCAUGCACGAAUCUCUCGUCGCCGAGCUGGCCACCCGCUACAAGGACCAGGGCGGCCACUGUAUCCAGGCAACGACCGUGCACCCUAUGUGGGCUCGCACACCGCUCGUCGGGUCCUGGGAAAGACAGCUCGUCGCUUCCAGGGCCGCCGUGCUCGAGGCCAAGGAUGUCGCUGCGCCCGUGGUGCGCCACGUCCUGACGGGACGGAGUGGCAGCGUUUUCGUCCCCGAGCGGUUCAGGUACGCGACCAUUGCAAAGGGGUUGCCUGAUUGGGUGGGGAUCAAAAUGAGGCUGGAUCUCGCCGUGAAUACGGAUGUGGGGAGGGAGGCGGAGAGAGAGACAGAGAGACAGGCCCUGGAAGUCAAGGAGAGGAAGGGCGUCGAAGAGAGUUGGGUCGAGACGUAG